GUGGGGGGUCAUCACGCCCCGCCCACCGCUUCCUGAACCGCCGGGUCCUGGCGUACGCACGUGGCCUGCCCCUCUUCUUCCUCCGCGAUCCCCGCUGCUGCAGCCAUGGCUCCCGGCCAGCUUGCUCUGUUCAGUGUGUCUGACAAAACUGGCCUAGUGGAAUUUGCCAGAAACCUCGCCUCUCUUGGUUUGAGUCUAGUCGCUUCCGGAGGCACGGCCAAAGCGCUCAGGGAUGCUGGCCUGGCAGUCAGAGAUGUGUCUGAGCUGACGGGUUUUCCUGAAAUGUUGGGGGGGCGUGUGAAGACCUUGCAUCCUGCUGUCCAUGCUGGAAUCUUGGCCCGAAAUAUUCCAGAAGAUAAUGCUGACAUGGCUAGACUUGAUUUCAACCUUAUAAGAGUUGUUGCCUGUAACCUGUACCCCUUCGUGAAGACUGUGGCUUCUCCAGAUGUGACUGUUGAGGCAGCUGUUGAGCAAAUUGAUAUUGGUGGAGUGACCUUACUGAGAGCUGCAGCCAAAAACCACGCACGAGUGACAGUCGUGUGUGAGCCAGAGGACUAUGUGGCCGUGGCCGCAGAGAUGCAGAGCUCCGAUAGUAAGGACACCUCCCUGGAGACCAGGCGCCACCUGGCCUUGAAGGCAUUUACUCAUACUGCACAAUAUGAUGAAGCGAUUUCCGAUUACUUCAGAAAGCAGUACAGUAAAGGAAUUUCCCAGAUGCCCUUGCGGUAUGGGAUGAACCCCCAUCAGACCCCUGCCCAGCUGUAUACGCUGAAGCCCAAGCUUCCCAUCACAGUUCUCAAUGGAGCCCCUGGAUUCAUAAACUUGUGUGAUGCUUUGAACGCCUGGCAGCUGGUGAAGGAGCUCAGGCAGGCCGUAGACAUCCCCGCCGCGGCUUCUUUCAAGCACGUCAGCCCAGCAGGUGCUGCUGUUGGGGUUCCCCUCAGUGAAGAUGAGGCCAGAGUCUGCAUGGUCUAUGACCUCUAUCCGACUCUCACACCUGUGGCCACUGCAUAUGCAAGAGCGAGAGGGGCCGAUAGGAUGUCUUCAUUUGGUGAUUUUAUUGCAUUAUCUGAUGUUUGUGAUGUCCCGACGGCAAAAAUCAUCUCCAGAGAAGUGUCAGAUGGUAUUGUUGCCCCGGGAUAUGAAGAAGAAGCCUUGAAAAUACUAUCUAAAAAGAAGAAUGGAAACUACUGUGUUCUUCAGAUGGACCAGUCCUACCAACCGGAUGAAAAUGAAGUCCGCACACUCUUUGGUCUUCGUUUAAGCCAGAAGAGAAAUAAUGGUGUCAUCGACAAGUCCUUAUUUAGCAAUAUUGUCACCAAGAACAAAGAUCUGCCGGAGUCUGCCCUCAGAGACCUCAUUGUAGCCACUGUGGCCGUCAAGUACACUCAGUCCAACUCCGUGUGCUACGCCAAGGACGGACAGGUUAUUGGCAUCGGAGCAGGACAGCAGUCCCGGAUACACUGCACACGCCUUGCAGGGGAUAAGGCAAACUCGUGGUGGCUCCGACACCAUCCACGGGUGCUUUCCAUGAAGUUUAAAACCGGGGUGAAGAGAGCGGAAAUUUCCAAUGCCAUUGAUCAGUAUGUGACGGGCACCAUUGGUGAGGGAGAAGACCUGGUGAAGUGGAAGGCACUGUUUGAGGAAGUCCCCGAGCUACUCACUGAGGCGGAGAAGAAGGAAUGGGUGGACAAGCUGAGGGGUGUUUCUGUCAGCUCCGAUGCCUUCUUUCCUUUCAGGGAUAAUGUAGACCGAGCUAAAAGGAGUGGCGUGGCCUACAUUGUCGCUCCGUCUGGAUCCGCAGCAGACAAGGUUGUGAUCGAGGCGUGCGAUGAACUGGGGAUCAUCUUGGCUCACACGGACCUCCGGCUCUUCCACCACUGAUCUCACUUUCUGUUCUUUCCUGCUUUACUUAUGUGCAGUGGAUAAUCAUGUGUGGGAUUUUUAAAGUACCUUUUAGAAAAUGAGUCGUUUGCUUUGUAAUAAUUGGGUCUGUGGUUUUAGGUAGUUGGGUCUUACUCAUCUGAAAGGAAUAGACUCCUAGAGGUUUGUGUGUGCAGAACCUAAAAGCAUCCCUCCCUCCUGGAGCUCGGCUUUCGAGACAGUCCUGUGUGACACCUAAAAGUGCAGAUAAGCCAGAGAAGCCAAGCUGCCUUAUGCUGACACGUCCCCACUGGGGAUUGCUCUCCAUGGGGCUCUUUCAUCGUGCCUCUGAUUGUUUACCUCCUUGGCAAACAGCCAGUUAUCCCCUGGGAACUGGAUCCUUAGCAGGAUCUGGAUAAUGCUGAUACUGCUUUUCCUUUCUUAGGUGAAGUGUUGUUCAUAUUUCGGCGCCAUGAUCUUCCCUCCAGAACUGCUUAAAACUCAUAUUAGCUAUUUAGUAACUUGUUUGGUACCUACAAGUGGACCCGGUGUUCUACUUAGAGCCUUUACCCAAAGUGAGCAUGGGGGGGGGGGGGUUUGUCAGUGCCUCCCUGUGCCGGACGUGAGUGGAUCUGUGUCCCUGCCUUGUGGUCCUGGCUGUUCACAGGGAUGGUGCCUGUGGGCAGCUGUAACCUUCACAGUCAGUCAGCCUCAGCCCUGCCUUCAUUCCACUCCUUCCCUAAAUAAACAAUGCAGAAGGUU